CUCUGGCAUCGGCAAGAUGAUGGCGUCCGGCUUCGCACAGAAUGGUGCGAAGGUCUACAUUGCCGCGCGCAAGGAGAAGCAGCUGCAGGAGGCCGUCAAAGACCUGAAGACGACGGCGAAGGGCAGCGUGGACUACAUCGUGGCCAAUGUCAGCUCGAAGGCAGGCUGCGAUGCGCUCAUCAGCGAGUUCAAGAAGCGGGAGAAGAAGCUACACGUUCUCGUGAACAACUCUGGCGUUACGUGGGGCGCGCCCUUCAACGACUUUCCGGAAGAGAAGGGCUGGGACAACAUCUUCAAUGUCAACGUCAAGAGCAUUUUCUAUAUGACGGCCGGGCUGGCAGAUCUUCUCGCUGACGGCGCCACCGCGAUGGACCCCGGUCGGGUCAUCAACAUCUCCUCGACAGCGUCUGUCGAACCCCAUGCAGAAGGUCCUCUGAGCCAAGACGGCAAUGGUACAUGGAGCUAUCAGCCUAGCAAGGCCGCAGCGAACCAUCUGACGUCGGUCCUGGCCAAUAAGUUGGCCCCUCGUCAAGUCACCGUCAAUGCUAUGUUGCCAGGCGUCUUCCCAAGCAAGAUGACCGCGUUCGGGUUCAACACUGUCGGAGAAGAGGGCUUCGCCACGGCCCAGCCGACAGGCCGAGUAGGGAAGCCUCAGGACAUCGCUGGCGUGGCUCUUUUCUUGGCCUCUCCUGCGUCCGCGCAUGUCACCGGUGCGCACAUCAUCAUUGACGGCGGGGCAAGGUUCUGGAGCUCUCGAGUUGCUGCCGCUACGAAGCUUUAGUCAAAGUGUAUGUUCCUGCGCUUGUCAUGCUCCGUUACCCGAAUACUCAGUGGGUACCCAGAGUAUAGCGCAGCUUAUCUCUAGCGAGGUUGAAUAUAAGAUAUCUUGUGCGGACAUUUGCGGUCCUCGCUGACCUUGUCCGAGCAAAUACGUGCAACUGUCCAUCGU